UCUGUUCUUUCUCCCAAAACCCCCGUAUAGAACCCAAGCCAGCAGCCAUGCUCCGUCGCCUCCUACUCCGCCAAGCUCGUCGGCGCCAUUGCUCCUCCUCAUUCUCCUCCGCCUUGCCCCUCUCCUCGCCGACCUUCGCCGUCUUCGGCGCCAACACCGGCGUCGGCAAGACCCUCGUCUCCGCGGGCCUCGCUGCCUCCCUCCUCCGUUCCCACGCCGCCUCCCCCUCCGCCGUCCUCUACCUCAAACCGCUCCAGACCGGCUUCCCCGCCGAUUCGGACGCGGGGUUCCUCUACCGCAGGGUCCCCGCGCUUGUCCGCCCCUCCCACGCCGCGCACCUCGUCGCCUCCAUCGACACCCUCUCCCCUGCCCCGUCAGUGGAAACCCCAUCCCCUUCCCGCGAGGAGGCGGCCUUCUCCUACGAUGGGGAGGGUAAGGCGGUGAGGAAGCUUCUGGCUUGCAGGACGCUGUACGCAUGGCGGGAGGCGGUGUCGCCGCACCUGGCGGCGGAGAGGGAGGGGAUGACGGUAGAAGACGCGCAUGUGAGGUCGCUCCUGGCGGCGUGCCUCGCCGAGGGGGAAACUUUGGGGAAGGGGGAGGGGGAUGUGUGGAAGCUGGUCGAGACCGCCGGCGGCGUGGCCAGCCCGGGCCCGUCUGGCACGCUGCAGUGCGAUCUCUACCGGCACUUUAGGUUGCCUAUUAUUCUUGUUGGAGAUGGCCGUCUUGGUGGUAUUUCAGGCACUUUAUCGGCAUAUGAAACUCUGUUGCUCAGGGGGUAUGAUGUUAGCGCAGUGAUUUUGGAAGAUUGUGGUUUGUCAAACGACAAGUUCUUGCUUUCUUACUUGAGAAAUAGGGUACCAGUGCUUGUUUUGCCACCUAUUCCAGAAGAUCCAUCAGAUGACCUAACUGAUUGGUUUUCCGAAUCAUCUUCAGUUUUUGGUUUGCUUGAAGAUGCCCUGCGAUCUUUUCAUUUGAAAAGAAUUCAGAGGUUAAACAGUAUGCAAAGAAAAUCAAAGGAUUUACUGUGGUGGCCCUUCACUCAGCACAAUCUUGUACCUGUAGAUUGUGUUACAGUAAUUGAUUCGCGCUGUGGUGAGAGUUUUUCAGCAUACAAGGUGAAAGACAACAAGUUGAUGAUGAUCCCUCAGUUUGAUGCAUGUGCAAGUUGGUGGACUCAAGGACCUGAUUCUAAGUUGCAGAUUGAACUUGCAAGAGAUAUGGGCUACGCUGCUGCUAGGUAUGGCCAUGUGAUGUUUCCAGAGAAUGCUCAUGAGCCUGCUCUUCGUUGUGCUGAACUUUUGCUUGGGGGAAUUGGUAAAGAUUGGGCUUCCAGAGUUUAUUAUUCGGACAAUGGAUCAACAGCAAUUGAAAUAGCUCUGAAGAUGGCAUUUCGCAAGUUUUCACUUGAUCGUGGAAUUCUACUCGAUAGUGACAAGAGUAUCACCAACGAAAGAAAUAUUCAGUUAAAGGUCCUUGCUCUAAAAGGUUCAUAUCAUGGUGAUACCCUGGGUGCUAUGGAAGCUCAAGCUCCAUCAGCCUAUACAUCGUUCCUUCAGCAGCCAUGGUAUUCUGGGCGGGGACUUUUUCUAGAUCCUCCAACAGUGUUCAUAAGAAAUGGGACAUGCGCACUUUCUUUGCCCCAGUCGAUACAGAACUGUCAUCUGAGCCCUGGUGAUAAAUGUUUUCCUUCAUUUGCUGAAGUCUUUUGCAAGAGUAGGGACUCAUCAGCUGCAGCUGAUUUAUACUCAACCUACAUAUCCCAACAACUUUCAGAAUAUUCCAUGUCAAGUAACACAGAGCAUAUUGCAGCACUUAUUAUAGAACCAGUGAUACAAGGUGCUGGGGGAAUGCACAUGAUAGAUCCACUUUUCCAGCGAGUACUUGUCCAUGAGUGUAGAGACCGAAAAAUACCUGUCAUAUUCGAUGAGGUCUUUACAGGGUUCUGGCGUCUUGGUGUGGAGUCUGCUUCAGAGUUGCUCGGCUGCUUACCUGAUGUUGCAUGCUAUGCUAAACUGAUGACUGGUGGGAUAGUACCAUUAGCUGCAACGGUAACAACAGAAGCAGUUUUCGAGGCCUUCAAAAGUGACUCUAAGCUUACAGCGCUUUUACAUGGCCAUUCCUACACUGCUCAUGCCAUGGGCUGUUCUGCGGCAGUAAAAGCUAUCCAAUGGUUUAGAGAUCCAUCCACAAAUUCAAAUCUCGAUUUUGAUUGUAUGAAGCUCAAGGAGCUAUGGGAUGGCACACUUGUGAACCAGUUAUCUUCACUACCAAAUGUAAAGAGAGUAGUCUCCUUGGGAACUCUGUGUGCAAUUGAGCUGCAGGCCGAGGGAUCUGAUGCCGGGUAUGCGUCGUUGUAUGCGAGAUCCCUGAUCCAGCAACUUCGAGAAGAGGAUGAUAUCUAUGUGAGGCCCCUGGGCAACGUGAUAUACCUAAUGUGUGGUCCUUGCACGACCAGAGAUGUCUGCACAGAACAACUGUCCAAAGUGUACCGUAGAAUCAGCCACUUCAAUCCAAUUCACUGAGGAUAGUUGUGAGCAGAAAAUCAGAAAAUCUAUGCUAGCUUUAGUUUCCGGCCAAAAGACAAUGUGCCCCGCCUCUAAGGUGAAAGCUUAUGGAGCUUCUUGAAUAUGUAGUUCAGGCUGGAUGUAAGUUCAGUUACAAUGUUCUCCUAUAAUUACGUGGAAGUGGGAUGACAUUACAAAGAGAAAUAGGCCUACUCUGCAUUUCACACUUUCACGUCAUCAUAGUAAUAUUACCCAGUAUAGGCCUAUUUCUCUUUGUAAUGUCAUAUAUAUAUAAGAUUUGUUCCAAAGUUUUGGCUAA